CGAGGGAGCGGCGGGCGGGCGCGGAGCAUGCGGAGCGGCGCCCCGGGCGGCCCCCGGGCUUGGACGAGGGCGCAGGCGAGGCGCGCAGGCGGCGGGGGCGCGGAGGAGCGCGGCAGCCGCGGCGGGCGCGGGGACGGACCGCAGUGACUCGGGGUUCGCCGGGAGAACGCGCGGGGCCAGGGGGGCCGCCCCGCCCGCCUCUCGGCCCGGACCACCCGGCGGGGAGGCGCCCAUGCCGGACGGCGCAGCGCGGUGAGGGCGCGCGCGGGCGGGCGGGGACGCAGCCGGCACCAUGUCCAUGCUGCCCACCUUCGGCUUCACGCAGGAGCAAGUGGCGUGCGUGUGCGAGGUGCUGCAGCAGGGCGGCAACAUCGAGCGGCUGGGCCGCUUCCUGUGGUCGCUGCCCGCCUGCGAGCACCUCCACAAGAAUGAAAGCGUGCUCAAGGCCAAGGCGGUGGUGGCCUUCCACCGCGGCAACUUCCGCGAGCUCUACAAGAUCCUGGAGAGCCACCAGUUCUCGCCGCACAACCACGCCAAGCUGCAGCAGCUGUGGCUCAAGGCGCACUACAUCGAGGCGGAGAAGCUGCGCGGCCGGCCCCUGGGCGCCGUGGGCAAAUACCGCGUGCGCCGCAAGUUUCCGCUGCCGCGCUCCAUAUGGGACGGCGAGGAGACCAGCUACUGCUUCAAGGAGAAGAGUCGCAGCGUGCUGCGCGAGUGGUACGCGCAUAACCCCUACCCCUCGCCGCGCGAGAAGCGCGAGCUGGCCGAGGCCACGGGCCUCACCACCACGCAGGUCAGCAACUGGUUCAAGAACCGGCGGCAGCGCGACCGCGCGGCUGAGGCCAAAGAAAGGGAGAACAGCGAGAACUCCAACAGCCACAACCCGCUGGCUGCGUCGCUGAAUGGCAGCGGCAAGUCGGUGCUAGGCAGCUCGGAGGACGAGAAGACGCCGUCGGGGACGCCAGACCACUCGUCGUCCAGCCCCGCUCUGCUGCUCAGCCCGCCGCCGCCCCCCGGGCUGCCGUCCCUGCACAGCCUGGGCCACCCUCCGGGCCCCAGCGCCGUACCCGUGCCCGUGCCGGGCGGAGGCGGCGCGGACCCUCUGCAGCACCACCACGGCCUGCAGGACUCCAUCCUCAACCCCAUGUCGGCCAACCUCGUGGACCUGGGCUCCUAG